CUGCCUACCUGGGAAGAACUGCGGCUGUCCGUGGAGGUCACAGCCACAGGGCAAGAGCUCUUCCGGCAGGUGUGUGAUAUGGCACACAUUCGAGAAGCCCACAUUUUUGGCCUCAGCAUCAUCAGAAACAAUGAGUACGUGUUCCUGGAUUUGAAGGAAAAGCUCAGUAAAUGCUUCUCAAAGGACUGGAAGAUGGAGCCACACAGAAGGGGUCAGAUAUCCAGGGCGCCCUUUAUCAUCUUCUUCAGAGUGCAGUUCCACGUGGAGAACGGGAGGGCGAUCAGUGACAAGACAGCCCGGCGCCUGUACUACUGCCACCUGAAGGAGCAGGUCCUGAGGUCCAGGUGCAAGCACAGAGAAGAGGCCUACUUUCUUCUGGCUGCCUGCGGGCUGCAGGCUGACCUGGGAAACCACCAGGAGACGGUUCACGUGGGCAAGUACUUCGAGCCCCACGCCUACUUCCCUCAGUGGAUUAUCAACAACAGGGGACCUGACUACAUCCUCAGGCAUGUGCCUCGCAUGCACCGUGAACAGCGGGGCCUGAGCCCCAAGGAGGCCAUAGUCCGCUUCAUCAGGGAUGCCUGCCGACUCGAGGACGUUCCUGUCCACUUCUUCAGGCUGUACAAGGAGAAGAAGGAUGAUCACCCUACCAUCCUCCUGGGACUCACUCUGCAAGGAGUGCACAUCUCUCGGGAGGCAGACCCCACGCCACAGCCGCUCUUCCACUUCCCCUGGUCACACAUUUCGAAGGUGACAUUUCUGGGGAAGAAGCUGGAAAUCCAACCAGAAGGACUGCCGGCAACACAGAAGCAGCUGUUCUACACGGGCUAUGCCUGGCGCUCCCACUACCUGCUGCAAAUGAUUCGUGCCACACACCAGUUCCACCUCAGCUUGCAGCCUGUGCUGCAGUGGCUCCGACAGCUGGAGGAGACAGAAGAGAAGAAGUGCUACCAGGAAUCCUACAUCAGUGGCCCACUGGAGUUAGACCUGGAUCCACGCAGCAGGAAUUACCUGGGCAACGAGGACAACAUGGAUGGCAGACAACGUCCCUUCCUCUCCCACGCAGCAGGAACCGAUGCCCACGCCCAGCGUGGGGCGUGUGAGAUGUCCGUGGAUGAGCCCACGGGGACUGAGAGUCUCUGUGGGACGACGCCAUCCAGGAGUUCCUGGAGCAGCUUCAGCAGCCAUGACACCGGUACCAACAGCGGAGCCUUCCCAACACCUUCUGAGUACUCACCAGCUACACCUGAGGCUGUGCACCGCUGCAGCUGCCGGUGCCCAGAGGCCAGGGCUCCUCUCAAUGGCAAGAAGUUCAUAAACUACCUCUCCUGGAACUGGCCUGGUGAAGACUCACCCCUGCAGCAGCCUGUGGUGUAG